GCUGCAAUUGUGAAGGCAGAGGGACAACAAUCACCCAACUGUCAGGGCGCUCCGGAGCUCUUUCUGACAGUCCCCAAUCAGAUUUCAAAAUUUCAAAACUCUGUGGAAAGAAAUCAAGUCGCCGGGGCGGUCAUUGGCAGUUCGCUUUCUAAGUCAUAUAUCACCUGGAAGCCAGCUCCGUGAAAGGGCCUUCGCUUACCGCUCCUUCAGUCAGGUGGUACUGCGGUUGCAAACUCUCACAUAUUAUCUCACAGAGUGCGGGGUCUCCAUCGACUUGGCCAUCCAUUUGAGUCGCCUGAUUGACUGCUGCUCCCUAUUAACAACAAAGUCUCUAUUCGAUGUCCUACGACGAACACUAUCUUCCAUUGCUCGCUGAGGAUCCGGAAAAGGCUGUUGACACAUCCAGCGAGGAUGUAAAGGCAAGGGGUGUCCAACGUGGUGGCAUAUUCUCGCGAAAGAGGCUUAGGACGCUCCUAUAUUGGGGCCUACUCGCACUCCAGAGUUUUGCUCUUAUUGUGCUCCUCACAAGGCAGAGAUCAGUGACCCGAGCAUGUGAAGGUCAAGAAGACCUCUCUCAAACCUAUUACUCACCUGCGGAGGAAGCCCUCCAGUACGAACGCGUUACAUUUAGUAUGGGGGUUGGCAGUCAUACGACCAUAUACCAAGACGAACCUUCGGAGGCUGUCGAUCGUGCAUGGUAUGACCUGUAUAACGACUUCGGAGUCUCCAAAAUCUCGAAAGCUCAGGCCGAUCUUUUGCCUAACAAGACUGUCGCCAUUCCCGGUGAAGACGGCUACAUAGCUGGUUUGUCCGUGUUUCACCAGUUGCAUUGUCUGAAUGUGAUUCGCCGGAGCCUACGACCGGAUUAUUAUGCAGACCCGAUUACGGGUGCGAUUGCUGGUAUCAUGCCGAACAAAUUAUCAGAGCAUAUCAGCCAUUGCAUUGACGACCUUCGACAAAGCGCCAUGUGUUCGGCCGACAUAAGUGUAAUCGUGUGGCAGGAAAAUGGCGACAACAACACCACGGCACAGGCAAGUCCAAGAAUGGACUCAGCACACACCUGUCGCAAUUUCACCAGAAUCGUGGACUGGGCUAAAGGACACAAGAGUGGUGUCAAGCCUGAGUAAUCCAUUCAAACCUAACUUUAUGAGCGUUUGUGGUAGCGAGUAUGACUUUCCCUCAACUGUCCAUGUCUCCACUCUCGUGACCGAUAUCUUUGACUCCUUUCAACAAUUUAGUCCGGUUCUAUCAGAUAUCCUCAUUAGAGCCUAAAUGACACCCAUAUAUCUUGC